CGUCAUGGUCCCCCCGUAGCCAUGACGGAUUUGGUGCUUUGUUGAGGGGUCUCGUUGCUCCUUCGCUUUCUUUUCCACUUUUCACAUAUCUAUGAUACAAACUAUCACUUGGCCACACAAAGCAUCGCAGGUCCAGGUUGCCGGCACCUGGAACAACUGGCAACAGCAAGACAUGAAAUACGACGUGACCUCUGAUCAAUAUAUCUUCCAUAUUGAUAUCGCACCAGGAGAUACUUAUCAGUAUAAAUUUAUCGUCGACGGUAAAUGGUGCUUAGACAAAGACGUACGUUUUGUAACGGCAGAUGAUGGGCAUCAAAACCACGAGAUAGUAGGGGAAGGUGACAUGGUCGAAGAGAAGAUAGAUUUACCGGCAUUUGAUCUUGCUACUGCCAGACCCCCAUUGAGGACGCCUCAAAUUGUUAUGGAAGCUGCUACCCCUUCGCAUAUUGAAGAGGACCAUUUUACAGAGUGGAUUAUGCCAGAUGAUAAUGAACCCACUGAUAAUCAAGAAUGGAACACAAAAUCAAAUGAGAAAGUAGAAUCUGAUAUGGAGGAAGAGGAGGUGGAACGCUGGAACGGUACAGCUCAGGAAGACCCGCAUGAGAAAAUCGAUGACAUUAUUCCACCAGCUAUUGAGUCCCCGGCUUCAGGUGUCAAAACGUUCAAGACUCCGUUGAACUGGUCUCUAGCUGGCGGCGCUCUGGUAGCUGUGGUAGCUAUUGUAGCCUAUAUUGGUCGGCAAAGAAGUAUUGAAUUGUCAAUGGUAUAACUUACACAGAGCUUUUUUGUCGCCGUCAUUAUCUGUUCUCUCGCAUGCCGUAAUUAAAGUUUUUUAUUUUGAACCAAUCGCUGAAUGA